AUGGAAGAUUUGGUGGUGAAGUCAACGAGCAUUGUUCAUCCUAGAUUAAAUGUUGGUGUGAAGAAGAAGAUCAAGAUCAAUAUGACUCCAUGGGAUCUCUCUCGUCUUCGUUUUAGUUAUCCUCAAAGAGGUCUUUUAUUUCCUAAACCAGGUUCAGAUUUCGAUAUAAUCAUCUCAAAGUUGAAAUCUUCACUUUCCAUUGUUCUUGAUCAUUUGUACACUUUUGCUGGUCGUCUUGUCAAAAAGGUCAACGAGGACGAUGACACUGUCUCGUAUUUCAUCAGCUGCGAUGGUAGUGAUGGUUACGGUGUCAAAUUUGUUCACGCCGAAGCUAAAACCAUCGCGGUUAAAGAUAUGGUUAAGUCCGGUUUUAUCGGUGGUUUGAUCGGUUCUUUCUUCUUCCCUGCGACCGGAAUAAAAAACUAUCAAGGUGUGUCAAACCCUUUACUUAUGGUUCAAGUAACUGAGAUGAAAGAUGGGAUUUUUAUGUGUUUUAGCUAUAACCAAACCGUUGCUGAUGGUAAAUCACUGUGGAAAUUCAUCAAUGCAUGGUCAGAGAUUUGCUCCAAGGGCUCCAUGGGAAUUAUUUCCCCGAUUCUUCUUCGAGGUUGGUUCCUCGAUGAGAUCGAAUAUCCAAUCCAUAUUCAAGAUCCUGAGACAACACCACCUACUAAUUACGGUUCUUCAACAACAUCAAACAUUUUACAAGAGAUUGUGUUUCGUCUUACGAAAGAGAAUGUUUUGAAACUGAAAGCUAAAGCUAAUGAAGGGAUUGGAACCGAGAUCUCUUCGUUUCAAGCGGUUUUAGGUCAUAUAUGGCGUUCAAGGGUCAAAAAUGGUGGCAUGAGCCGAGAAGAAGAGACAUCUUGUAAAGUACCGAUAGAUAUGAGACAAAGGCUAAAUCCAAAGCUAAAAGAAGAGUGUUUUGGGAAUGUAGUUCAGACCGGGAUGGUUAAAGUCAACGUUGGAGAGAUGCUUGACAAUGGGCUAGGCUGGUUGGCUCUGAAGAUUAACCAGAUGGUUCGGUCACAAACCGAUGAAAAUGCUAAAGCAUUUGCAGAGAAUUGGGUCAAGAAUGUUGAGAUUCCAGUUUCUGUUAGUGGAAGGUAUGCUCUGCUUGUUGCUAGCUGUCCCCGGUUUAAUGUGUAUGGUAACGAUUUCGGUUGGGGUAAACCGAUCGGUUUACGGGCUGGACCGCCCCUUAUAGAUGGGAAACUAUUGGUUUCUCAAGGGGUUAAAGAAGGAGAUAUUGAAUUCCAAGCUUGUUUUCAGCCUCAAGUAGUCGCAAAGCUAUUCAAGGAUGCUGAGUUUUUGGAGUAUGUCGACAUUGUUUCAUGA